AUGAAGUUCACAACCCCAACGAAAUUCCUGUUGCUCGUCGCAGCCGUCGCCCUCGUGGCCUCACCCGGCUCCACACUCGCCCAAAAAGGAGCACCAGCAGCCCCCGGCGAUGCAACCACCACCCCUGCCGGUGCUACUACAACCCCGCCCGUCCCCACUGUCCCUGCCACCACCACCACCACCACCACCGUACCGAUCGUUCCUACCGUCCCCACUGUCCCUACCGUUCCUACGGUCCCUACAAAUCCUACGAGCACCGUCCCCCCCGUGGUCACGACCCCUCCGCCUGUCGUCCCAACCGUCGUCACUACGACUUCUUCACCCGCCGCCCCGACGUUUACUCCCCCCGCGGCACUGGCGCCCUGCGCUAAUACGAGUACUUGUAAGGUCAACGAGUAUUGUGGAGUUACGGCCGAGACCUUGAAGAACUCGACGGUCAUGGGGUACUGUCUGCCCAUGACGGACGGGAUAAUGAUGUGUCUUUCCUCGCCUGUUCAGCCCUGUACUUCGCAUACUCAGUGCAACACGUUCGGAUUCGGGUACUGCGAUCUUAGGAGCACCCACAACUGUGCGGGCAUGGGUGUCCCUAAUACUCCGUCUGAGUGUCGUUCAGGAACACUUGUUGGAAGCGGGAACCAGUCCUCGUCGGGUGACUCAAAUGACAAGUUGAAGUCGACGUUGAAGUAUGCGGGUAUUGGCAUUGGAGCGGUGGCGUUAUUGGGAAUUGUCUUUGCGGUGGUUAGGUGGAAGUCGAACAAGAAGAAGCGGUCGCGCAAGAUGCCUGAUUUUGCAGAUGUUGACUAUGGAAUGUCGACUACUACUGCCAGGUCUAAAUCUCAUCGUCAGCGACAGUCGGAGCCUAGGUCGAGUGCUGGCGGGGAUGGUGGGCAGUCAUACCCGUUCUCGAACCGCCCCGUGGUUGCAGGCGCCGCUGCUGUUGGUGUUGGUGUUGGUGCUGGAGCUCUUGCGGCCGGAGCAGCUACGGCUGAUCAGGAUUUCUAUAGCGACCAGUACUAUGAUGACGGAUACGCUCAGCACGGCAAGGGCGGAUACGACAACUAUGAAAACCAGACCGGUGGAUAUGACAACUACGGCUACGGACAGGGAGGAUAUGACCAGGGGUACGGCCAGCAAGGGUACGACCAACAGGGCUACUACAAGGAAGCUGGAGCCGCCGGCGGGUAUGAGGGCUACGACCAGCACGGCAACUAUAUCGGCGACCAGACCGGAUACUAUGAUCAGCAGGGGUACGAUUACUCUCAGCAGCAGCAGGAUUACCAGUACCCCUCUACCUCUGGUGUCGAUGCUUCUGGCGCCGUUGUAGCAAGCGGCGCUGGUGCAGCAGUGGCAGGUGGAGUGAUGGAUGGUAGCGGAGUUGCCUACCCAGCCGAGGUAGCUGCGGUCUCGCCGCGCAGAAAUGGAAAUGCCGAGAUGAUGCCAGAGCAGGACUUUGGUACCUCUGCCGCCGGUGGCGCCGGUUACGGACGCCACUACUAG